AAUCCACCAAGAAAGCUAAUCAGAAAUAAAGAGAAUUUCUUUUAGUUCUCUGCAAAACUAACAGCUGCUGCUACUUUCUUCCAAGAGAAAAAAAGAAGAAAGAAAAAGGGUACCCACAGAGAAAAUAUUCAGAAGGGUUCUUUCUUUUUUUAUUUUUAUUUUUUAUGUUUAUGGGAUUGUAGGCUAUAAGGGGGACGAAAUAGAAGGAAAGAUUGUAUUUAAGGAUCUGACAAUCUGUAUUCUCCUCUAUUCGACUGCAAAAGAUGUCUCAAACCAACUGGGAAGCGGACAAAAUGUUGGAUGUCUAUAUUCACGAUUAUUUAGUAAAGAGAGAUUUGAAGGCCACUGCUCAGGCUUUCCAAGCUGAAGGGAAAGUAUCAUCUGACCCUGUUGCUAUCGAUGCUCCUGGUGGCUUUCUCUUUGAAUGGUGGUCGGUGUUUUGGGAUAUAUUUAUUGCUAGGACAAAUGAGAAGCACUCUGAAGUUGCUGCCUCUUACAUUGAGACUCAGUUAAUGAAAGCAAGAGAGCAGCAACAACAGCAGCAGCAGCCAUCACAGUCACAAAACUCACAGCAGCAGCAGCAGCACCAACUGCAGAUGCAGCAGCUUUUAUUGCAGAGGCAAGUUCAGCAGCAGCAGCAACAACAACAGCAGCAGCAGCAACAACAACAACAGCAGCAACAACAACAACAGCAACAGCAGCAACAGCAGCAGCAGCAGCAGCAACAGCAACAACAGCAACAACAACAGGCACAUCAGCAACAGCGGCGUGAGGGUGGCCACCUCAUGAAUGGUACAGCCAAUGGGAUUGUUGGAAAUGAUCCUCUCAUGAGACAGAAUCCUGGCACUGCCAGUGCAUUGGCAACAAAGAUGUAUGAGGAGAACUUAAAGCUCCCUGUUCAGAGGGAUUCUUUGGGAGAUGCAGCAGCGUUGAAGCAAAGAUUUGGUGAUAAUGUGGGCCAGCUUUUGGAUCAAAAUCAUGCUUCAAUCUUGAAAUCAGCUGCAGCAGCUGGCCAGCCAUCUGGGCAAGUUUUGCAUGUUACUGCUGGUGGUAUGUCUCCCCAGGUUCAAGCAAGAAGCCAGCAAUUUCCAGGGUCUACACCAGAAAUUAAAACUGAAAUGAAUCCUAUCCUGAACCCGAGAGCUCCUGGACCUGAUGGAUCACUGAUUGGAAUUUCUGGGUCAAAUCAAGGUGGUAACAAUUUGACAUUGAAAGGAUGGCCUCUAACAGGUUUUGAUCAUCUUCGCUCUGGGCUUCUCCAGCAGCCAAAGUCAUUUAUGCAAGGUCCUCAGCCCUUUCAUCAACUACAGAUGCUAACACCUCAGCACCAGCAGCAGCUUAUGCUUGCACAGCAGAGUUUAACUUCUCCAUCUGCCAGUGAUGUAGACAGCAGAAGGCUGAGAAUGCUUCUCAACAAUCGAAGUUUGUCUAUGGGUAAAGAUGGGCUCACUAACUCAGUUGGCGAUGUAGUUCCUAACAUUGGAUCCCCCUUGCCAGCUGGCUGCCCAGUUGUGCCUCGUGCAGAUCCAGAGAUGUUAAUGAAGUUGAAAAUUGCACAACUGCAGCAGCAACAGCAACAGCAGCAGCAACAACAGAGCAAUAAUCAAACACCACAGCAGCUGCUUCAACAGCAACCUCAGAGUUCUAAUCACAAUCUCCAGCAAGAUAAAAUUAUAGGCACUGGCAGUGUCACUGGCGAUGGUAGCAUGUCGAAUUCAUUCCGCGGAAAUGAUCAGGCUUCAAAAAACCAGACUGGAAGAAAGAGAAAGCAGCCUGUAUCAUCUUCUGGCCCUGCAAAUAGCUCAGGGACUGCAAACACAGCUGGCCCAUCUCCAAGUUCAGCUCCAUCAACACCCUCGACUCAUACACCUGGAGAUGUGAUGUCAAUGCCUGCUUUGCCACAUAGUGGCAGUUCUUCGAAGCCCCUCAUGAUGUUUGGAGCUGAUAACAGUGGUACUCUUACAUCACCGUCAAACCAAUUGUGGGAUGAUAAAGAUCUUGUUCAAGCUGAUAUGGACCGUUUUGUGGAUGACGUUGAAGACAAUGUAGAAUCUUUUUUGUCACAUGAUGAUGCUGAUCCCCGUGAUGCAGUUGGUCGUUGUAUGGAUGUUAGCAAAGGGUUUACAUUUACCGAAGUCAGUUCUGUUCGUGCUAGUACCAGUAAAGUUGUUUGUUGCCACUUCUCAUCAGAUGGGAAGCUGCUUGCUAGCGGCGGUCAUGACAAAAAGGCUGUCUUGUGGUUCACGGACACUUUGAAGCCAAAGACUACACUUGAGGAACACUCGUCACUGAUUACUGAUGUUCGUUUCAGUCCUAGCAUGGCUCGCCUGGCCACAUCAUCUUUUGACAAAACUGUCAGGGUCUGGGAUGCAGAUAAUCCUGGCUAUUCACUUCGGACCUUUACUGGGCAUUCUUCUGGAGUAAUGUCAUUGGAUUUUCAUCCCAACAAAGAAGAUUUGAUAUGCUCCUGUGACGGUGAUGGUGAGAUAAGAUACUGGAGUAUCAAUAAUGGAAGCUGUGCAAGAGUUUUCAAGGGUGGCACUGCCCAAGUGAGAUUCCAACCCCGUCUUGGAAGAUAUCUUGCAGCUGCUGCUGAGAAUGUUGUGUCGAUUCUGGAUGCGGAGACACAGACUUGUCGACAUUCACUAAAGGGUCACACGAAACCUAUUCAUUCUGUUUGCUGGGACCCUUCUGGAGAGCUGCUGGCCUCUGUUAGUGAGGAUUCAGUGAGAGUUUGGACAUUGAGAUCUGGAAGCGAAGGGGAUUGUUUGCAUGAACUUAGUUGUAAUGGCAACAAAUUCCAUUCUUGUGUCUUCCAUCCUACAUAUUCAUCGUUGCUGGUUAUUGGUUGUUAUCAGUCGCUGGAGCUUUGGAACAUGACAGAGAACAAGACUAUGACGCUUUCCGCACACGAAGGAUUGAUCGCAUCAUUGGCCGUAUCAACGGUGGCUGGCUUGGUUGCUUCUGCCAGUCAUGACAAAAUUGUCAAACUAUGGAAAUGAUUAGAUUACGAGGUCUCUCUUGUUGUGGCAAAAUACAUUGUUCUUGGAACCAGACCGUUUUAGCCGGGGUUUCGUCCGACGUAAUUUCUGCUUUGAUCCUACUGCUGCUAUGUAAUUUUCCUAAAGUUGAUGGAACCUAAAAAGAGAUAGGAACUAACAGUUAUGCUGUGCCUGGUGAUGUUAUGGGCUUAGUCUCAUAACUCCACAGAGUGAACAGUUUCAGGUUUUCUUUUACAGUUAGACAUUGGGACUCAUUCUAACCUGCCUCAAAAUUAACUUCUCCAAUCCUUUCA